UUCCUGGAUGAGAUUCAGCUGGGCGAGGAGCUGCUGGCACAAGGAGACUAUGAGAAGGGUGUUGAUCACCUGACCAACGCCAUCGCCGUCUGCGGCCAACCACAGCAGCUCCUGCAGGUGCUUCAGCAGACUCUGCCUCCGCCCGUCUUCCAGAUGCUGCUCACCAAACUACCCACGAUCAGUCAGGUGAGCUCAACAUGCACAUCAUACCCAUCACUGCAUUCUCUAAACCCCCCGAGAGCUGCGUGUAGCUUCUGGGACAAGUACGAAUGCAAGAGAAAACCAAGAACUUUCCAAAGCUACAUGUCUUCACAGUGACUAUUAGCUAUUUCACCUCUUGAACAUUGAAAUACCUGACAACUAAUCACUGACAACAUGCUGUUAGUAGAGAAUUUGUAUUAAUGGAAUAGUUCACCCAGACCUAAAAAAAAUGCACACUCAGGCCGUCCAAGAUUAGGA